AUGCAGCAACAGUCAGAACCACGUAUCACCUCUCACCUGAUGAAAGAGGCUUUCCAAGCUGCGCCUGCCUCACCCCUUUGUCCAUUGUCUGGGCUGGGGAGGGCGGCCAAUUCCCCUCGUAUUCAGUUCCAGCUGUCUGGGAAUGAGACGCAGAGGCAGACAGAGUUCCUGGGGGUGCUGGCGGCCAGUCAGGUGGACGUGUCCACGCUGGAGGAGCCUCUCCAGACUCUGUGUCAGGACAGGUCCGUCCACUGGACCAGGAGGGCCGAGGGCCCGGGCAAACAGAGGCUGGUCUAUUUCUGCAUCGACAUCUGCUUUCCCAGCAACAUCUGCGUGUCCGUGUGCUUCUACUACCUGCCAGAGUGACUGUGUGUUCUCUCCCUCUCCUCCCAGCCAAAGAUCAGGGAAACAAAGUUUUCUUUUUAGCUCCCUCGACAAGAAGAAAAAAAAAAACAAAAGUCAGCUUUGACUGUUUCCUUUGUGCCAUACAGCCACUAGUAAACCAGCGAAGCAGCCAACCCUCCCAGUCCAUUUCCAUCCUUCCGAGAGAGAAGAGAUGGAGACAGGCUGUCAUGGUUAUCGCCAAAGCCCCAUCGUCACUCUGUUCAUCCGUAAUACCCUCCCUGGUGGCACACUUCAGAGAUUACAGAAGAAAGAUGCCCUUUUUUGU